CUUUCGCAAUCUCAUCUACUAAUGGCAUGGAUAAAUCCAUCGAGUUAGCAAACGUGCUGUUGACUCACAUCUAUCAUAACUUGAACAAUCUCUCAUCCUGCCGGCUGUAUGCAUUGUAAAUUUGCAAUCAUAGUAUCUAAUGGGACAAAUGGAUUAGAGCCUCUAUAUUUCAAGACGUCAAAGCAUCAAAAUGAAAUUGAAUGAGAGUUAACGAUCUAUAGAAAGAUUGGCGCGUAGGUUAUAUCCGGUCAUACACAAUGAGCGUAGUAGUACAAAAGCAGUGUCUAGAACCCCCUGGGCCUGGGCAACUUCGUUUGAUGUUGCUAAAGUCAAAGUAUCAGCAAAUUUUCCUCCUUAGUAGACUCAAAUUGUCAUUACGUACCAUGGUUUCCAUUGCCCCAUUCACACAGAUAAGCAUAGGUUCCUGCAUCCGUCAAGGCAAAGUAGUGUCCGUGGACCCAAGGAGACUCCCCAUUGCCCUGAGAGUUCGCCCAGUUCGACAAACUACCCCAGGCAGUUUCGACGGCAUCCUGUUGCUGGGUGCUGAACCCGAAGUCUUCGCAGCCUGUCCAUGUGUUGACACGCUUCUCGACAGCCAUACGGUCAAGAGCUGCGGGAGUGGUGGUGUUGAGGUUGGCAAGACGCUUGAUGACAGGGGCGCCGGUGGAAUCGAAAGAGAAAUGGUGGAUUCCGGCCUCGAGGUCGAGCGGAAGUGGUGGAAGGCCACCGGCUUGACCGGCACCAGACUGGGUGGCUGGAAGCGCGGAGGUGGUUGCUGCAAUAGCAGCGAGUAGGGAGAUAGGAGUCGAGAAAUGCAUUUUGAGAUUGGUUUAGAUGUAAAGUUUCAAACUAGGUCUGGAUUCUGUGGUAGGUAUGGUUGUUCUGAAUGUUUUGGAAGGUUGAGCUGUUGAUGAAUAUUGAUUCGGGUGCUGAGAUAUCUCAUACUUAUACAGAUCUUGCAAUACUAAAUAUAGG